ACAAACUAGCCGGUAGUGAUAAAGAGCAGUGCCAGACUGUGUUUUGGGGCAGCCAAAAUGUUGGCCACACUGUCUGUGCUGUUUUUGUCCCUUUGUAGCCCAGUCCGCUGCGUUUUCCAGACACUUUACUGCUCCAUAUCAGACAGCUGCGACUGUGACUUUAAGCCGAAUAUCAGAGACCUGGAGUGGGACCUCUACAAGAAUGUCUACGGGCAGCAUCUGGCUCAGGACAUCGUGUCAGAGGAGGUGGCGAAGUUCCUUCGCAAUAAAAGCCCUGAUCAGCCCCUGGUGCUGUCUUUCCACGGCUCCUCCGGGACGGGAAAGACGCUGGUCAGCUCCAUGCUGGGAAAUCAUCUGUACGGCUCAGCCAUGAGCAGCCCCUUUGUCCACCAGUUUGUCCCCACACUGCACUUCCCUUUACCCCACCAGGUCAAGCAGUACAGGGAGGAGCUGAAGGAGUGGGUGCAGGGAAACCUGACAGAGUGCGCUCGCUCCAUUUUCAUUUUUGAUGAGAUGGAGAAGAUGCCUCCAGGCCUCAUCGACGUCCUGGAGCCCUUCUUGGGUCCAUCUCAUGUUGUAUUUCGCACCAACUACCGCAAGGCCAUCUACAUCUUUAUCAGCACUGCAGGAGAGGAGGUGAUAAACAAAGUGACUCUGGAGAACCGACAGGCUGGACGGGAAAGAGAGGAGAUCAAGUUGGACGACCUACAGGAAGCCAUCUCACAGGCAGUUUACAACAAUAGCACAAGCGGCCUCUUCCAGUCCAGCAUCAUUCAGCAGAAGCUCAUCACCCGCUUUGUUCCCUUCCUGCCGCUGAGCCGAUACCACGUCGAGCGCUGCGUGCGCUCGCAGCUCUGCCAGCGGGGCAGUUGCAGCCGCAGCGACGUGGUGGAGGCAGUAGGGGGCGACAUGACCUACACUCAAGUUCAGGGACAGUACUUCUCCGCCACUGGCUGUAAGGCUGUCCCUGCCAAAAUCAACUUUUUCCUGUGAGCUGAGGGGGGGGACGGGGUUUUGCUUUUUUUAGGACUGAAAGGGAAACUCUGAGAAAGGUGAGUCAGUGAAAAAGAUGCUCACAUGAAGGUCAGAGCAGCGCGUGUGGAGUCAAGGAUGCCCCCUGAGUAAGGAGUUGAACUCCCACCUGUCUGGAUUUUAAAGCAGUGUUUCCCUGAAGGUGUUGUUGGUGUUUUCUGAGCGGUAAUCAGGAGUCAUGCCAUCCUCUACCUCAAACACCCACCUCUGCCUUUUAAUUUAUGAACUUUUGGUUGGUAUUUUUAUUUAUCCAGUCUUAACUUAACACGUCACCUUCACGCUGAUGAAGAGCUGUCGCAGCCGUCCACAGCAGGCCGAGCAGCUCCAGGUCGUUUGGUGGAAAUGAGCAAAGACUGUCUUUUUUGUUUGGUCUUCAUUUCAAUUUUGGAAUGUUUUUUAUCCAAAAGAUUCACAGGAAAUUGUUUUAAGCUUUUGAUAUUUUGGGAAACAUUUCUUAGUAAAAACUGUGGCUAAAUGAGCGAGUUUGAGGAUCAUUGUUAAAGUGUUUGAGCCGGACGAAGCGACACACAGACUGUCGGCUUAUUAGAAAGUCUAAAAUAUUUUAGGACUGAAAGAUGUCACAAGCCGGAUCAUUUUAGGAAAGACGAGUUUUACUUGAACAGGUUUUUUUCUGUGCUGCCGUCCUGUGAAGCCGUAUUACGGCGGCAUGUGACCACUUCUGCCACCAGGUGGCAGUAAAGACUUUGUUUUGACAAAUGUAACGAACGCUGAUCAACAUCUCAGUGGGUUUGAACCCACUUUGCUUUAACCUGUACUGUAAAGGCAGCAGCCUCACAGGCUUUAAAAACACUGACAGUGCACUUUAUGGAGGUUUAAAAAGGACCCCAUCUUCCACUUUUGUAAAUUAUGAAAUAUUGCUACAAGCUUGGAUUGUUUACAACUAAUUAAUGAUUGAAAAAUAUGAAUUUUUUGUUGUAAUAAUGACACAUUAAAUGCAGUGAAGAACAGGGGUAAUUCUUAUCGUAUCAGGAGGAACAGUGACCCAGACAGACGGCCGCAGCGAUCAGCGUUCAUCAGCUUUGAUCAAACUGCAGGGUUUUUUAUUGAUUUUUACUUUUUCCACUCAGCUUUUAUUGUGCUGCUGCUGUGGAGAACGCAGCUUUGCAUUCACAUUUUUGUAAUAUGUGAAGCCAGGCUGUCAGUCAGCAGCAGUCAGACGCCUUACACCACCAUGGUUAACACAAUCACCACAACACAAUACUGUGUUUGCCUUUGUUGACUCCUCUGCCUGUGUUACACAGGUUUCAGGUCCAGCUUCUGACUGAGGGAUUGUGCACCUCUGACUGCUGCAGUGUAAGGCAGAAAUAACCUGUAAUGGCACAAGAACGCUGCUCUGUGCCUGGAUGUGACACAAGUGUUGUUGAUUGGUGUGUUUUACACUCAGUGUUCAUUUCAAAGGAAGACAGCAGCUGUCUAAUUACUGUUGAACCCUUUGGGUGUUACGUGUUUAAUGACGCCAUUGUUUUUGGUAAUAAAACAACUCAAAUCAAAGCUCAGUUACAUGAAUUCAUUAUUUUGUCUCAAAUUUAUUGUCAUUUAUUGGCUUCAUUGGAAACCCGAGUACUCAGAGCAGCUGAAUAGAGUAGGUUCCUGUGGCAGUUUCUUCCUCUUUGAGUU